ACUCCAUAGUUUAUUUGUAGAGACAGGUUUUGGUUGUGAGCUCAGAGUGUGUAUUAAUCUUUGCUCUUGGAAUCAGUGUUGAAUAGGAAUCUUAGCAUUUUCUUAUUUGUUAAGUGGAUCCAUCAUAACUCUCAUUACCAUGAAUUAGGGGAAAGCAUUUCUCUCUUAAUAAUGUAUUAUUCUUAAUUAUUUAGCUUUUCCUUUUUAAAUAUUAUUUCUGAUAACAAUUAAUAUAACUAACCCUGCAACUCUACAGAAAUCUGCAUGGCAAAAGUGUACUGUCACAUAGAUUGUUAAAGAAGUGAAAAAAUUUUAUAUAAAAAAAUCAAAUCAUAAAAAUAAAAAAAAUUUGGUGAAAAAAAAAUAAAAAUAGGCAGAGCAUCACUUGUCUUUUAGCUCCCAAGUGUGUCCAUGUGCGGUGCUGUUCCCGUAUAGUUAAACACAAUCGUAGCUAAUCUGUUUCGGCCUUACUAGACCAGUAAGUUUUUUUUAAUACGAACAUAACGACUGUAUUGUAUACAAUAUAUUUAGUCACUGUAAUAUAGGGUGACUUUUAAGUGAUAUGAAGAGACUUAAAUAUGUUACGAGUAAAAUACAUCCGUUGUAUACAAGAUCCGAUACCUUAGAAAAAAUAACUCUCAAUAGUCUCAAAGCAUGAUUUUCAAAACAGAGCUAAACCAAAAAACAUCCAAAAACCAUCAACUUUUAGUCUCUCCUUUAUAAACUUGGAAAAACUACAUUCACCCACCAGUAAUCAACCCUUUUCUCCCUCCUCUCUCUCCUCAUUUCUUACUCUCUCUUUCUCUCUCUUCCAAAAAAACAAGAUCCUUUCAUUAUCUCAUUAUAGCACAAAAAUCCCAGAAAAAAGAAAAAAAUGAUGUCACCUGAAAGAAGCAGAUCAAUGGGAGAAACGACGACGACAGCGACAAUGACGAGUCCGAGGAUCUCAUUUUCAGCAGAGUUUAUGGAUGAUGAUAGUUUCAUCUCCAUAAGCCCGGGUUCGUCACUAGACAAAGAUGAUCAAAUAGAAAUCGAAAGGGAGAUAGUUAAGAAUGCAGCAGCAGAGUUUGAGUUUUUAUCAGGUAAAAACAGUUUAGAUGCAGGUCAUUCAACAAUGUUGACAGCAGAUGAACUUUUCUUUGAAGGCAAACUUCUGCCUUACUGGCAAAUCAACCAUGCAGCUGAGAAACUUACUAAAAUCAACCUCAAAUCGUCUUCGCCCGAAGACGAUGCUCCCAACAACAGCACCGGGAAAAUGAAGCUUAAAAACAAUAACAUUACUACAACUUCCAGAGAUCAGCAGGCAACUGCGAGUGCGAUAAUGCUGGGCAGAGACCAGCAGGAGCCGAGGAUAUGGUUUGUAGACGAUGACCCGUCACCAAGGCCACCAAAAUGUACUGUAUUGUGGAAAGAGUUGCUUAGGUUGAAGAAAUCAAGGUCUUCUACUUUGUCCCCUUCGUCGUCUUCCUCUUCGUCGUCGUCGUCUUCGAGUUCAUUAGGAGAUGCUGCUGCAAUGGAGGAGAAAGAGAAGGAAAAGGAAAGUGGGUUAAGUACUAGAGAGAAGCAUAUUAAGAGGAUUAAAAAGGGAUUAGAGAGAACUAGAUCAGCAAGUAUGAGAAUUAGGCCAAUGGUUAAUGUACCUAUUUGCACUCAGAGUGGUAAGAGCAGCUCAUUGCCUCCUUUGUUUCCUCUCAAGAAAAACAAGAUUGAUAGGUAAAAAUUGGAUUUUUUUUUUUUUUUUUUUAAUUUUUGAUUUUUUUUUUUGGGUUUUUGGGGUUUAGUUCUCAAUCAGCUUGUGAAUCUGUAGGAUUCUUGAUUGAUUAUGUUCAUGAACUUGUCUUAUUACUUUUUUUUUUUUUUCCUCAUUUUUUUUCCUGACCCUCCUUUAUCUCUAUUUCCACCCCCUUUUUCUCCCUUUUUUUGGAGGUAUAUUAUUUUUUUUUUCCACUUUUUUAUUGAUGUUAUUCAGAAAAUUUGGUUUUAGUGGAUCUGAUAUCAGAAGUGAGUGAAUCACUACCAUGUACAUGCCUGACAUUGUCUAUGUGUUGGAUGCUAUUCACCAUUAAUGUGUAUUAAUUACUAAUGUCAUCCAUUUACUGCAACUGCAUUUGAUGAGCUUGACCAGAAGUCUAGGGUCUAAAAGAAUAUUGGAAAUCUCAGGAUUUUUUUGAAUUUCUAUUCAGUCUCUUCACAAUAUUUGGAGGGAAGUCAAAAGGUUACAGGAGACUGAAUCUAACCCAUUGUUAUUUGCUUUGGAAAUGUUUAGUUGACCCUAAGAGUUACUAAUGCAGGUUCAAAAACUCGGGUUAUCCGGGUUUUGAUUUGAUAAAAUCAUUGUUAGAAACAGAACAAGAGUCUAUAAUAGAAAGAUUAGUCAUUGCAGAAGUUCAUAUACACUUUUCUUUCUGAGAGCAGUCACUCUUUCAGAACAGUUUCACAGGCUAUAUAAUGAGAUUAAGCCUUUAAACGUAAAUUUGUCCAAAAUCUCAGUUCUCAGAAUUUUACUGUAUUACAAAAUUAAAUAGAUAGAACUAUGCUGAGAAUGUCAAUGAUUGACCUUGGAAGAAAUGGAACAAAGCUAGAAACAUUGUUGAUUGCAAGGUCUUUAGUGAAUUGUCCUCUCUUAAAUAUGCAACUAUAGAUGUUAUAUUUAUGGGAAAGAAGGUGUAGUGUGAACUGUAAAGUGUAGUAUUCCUUAUGCAGACAAGGCACAAGUAGAUUGCACCAAAAGUAACUGAGUACAUACCCUUGUUUUAUCUAUUCCCAUAAUCCAAUAAUCUCCUAAAUGCUUUUGUCGAUCCA